AUGGCUCCCCACGCUCAUCCACCGCUGACACCUUUCGGGUCAGCUCUAGCAGGUGCAUUAGGGUCUGUAUUUGCUAAUGCAGCGGUAUAUCCACUUGAUACUGUGAAAACAAGACUUCAAGCAGAAGAUGAUGAUGACGACGACGAUAAUGACAAUGACAAUGGCGAUAUCCAAGUCAAGGAUGACUCUUUACCUUCGACUACACAGCAAACAUCGACCACCUCCUCAGGACGUGAACGGAAUCAACAAGUUGCUAUGAUCAAGAGAUAUUUCGCUAAGAAAGCUAAGAAGUGGGGAAUGUUAAUGAUGCUUUUACGUAUAUUGAAAACAGAAGGUAUAAGUGGUGCUUUCCAUGGAUUUGGAGCUAGUAUGCUUGGGACGUUUUCUCAGCAAUUCGCUUAUUUCUUCUUUCAUACGUUACUUCGAACAUCAUAUCUUCGUCGACUCUCCAACAGAUCCAACUUGACUACAAAGACAAGUUCUACAAGUCUAUCAACUUCUAUGGAAUUGUUGUUAGGUGCAUUAGCUGGUGCUUUAGCUCAAAUCUUUACUAUACCAGUACAAGUCAUAGCUACUCGUCAACAAUUAUGGCAGCCCCCUCAUCCUUCUUCUCUCACUUCAACCAGUGGAAAAGUGAACAAUUUCAGAGCACAGGCACCAAGCUUAUAUGACACUGCACAAGAGAUAAUAAAUGAAAAAGGUAUAACAGGAUUAUGGACAGGAUUAAAACCUGGUUUAGUUCUGACUGUCAAUCCUGCAAUUACUUAUGGUGUUUUCGAAAGAUUGAAAACUUGGAGAUUAUCACAAAAGGAUUUAUUAACUAGCAAUGGUGUGAUCGUUGGUAAAGUAGGUGGAGCAGGAGGUAAAUUAGGUGUAGCCGAAAGUUUCUGGCUGGGUGUUGGAAGUAAAACUUUAGCUACUAUAGUUACUUAUCCAUACAUCUUUGCUAAAGUAAGACUUCAGGCGAAAGCUACACCUGAAGAAAUUCAAUAUGAUCAUGAACACCAAUCCCCAAUUGACAAGCCAUCGAUUUCAUCAUCUUCGACAAGCACAGGUCGUUCUACCAACGUCGAAAAAGCAUCAGAAGAAAGUACGAAUCCAACUCCAUCAUACGCAUCAAUUGCUUCUGCACCUCCUUCAUUCGGUUCAGCGAUUAUUGAUUUACCUAAAUCGUCUUCUGAAGGAGGGGAGGGAACAGGUAACAAGAGACCUGGUUUGAUAGGAACGCAGAAACAUUCACAUAAAUAUCAUCAUCAUCAUAAACAUGCCCUAUCUUUACUAAGUUCAGUGUAUAAAGAACAUGGUUGGAAAGGAUGGUAUAAAGGUUUAUCUGCUCAAAUCGUGAAAGCUGUACUUUGCCAAGGUAUUUUGUUCGUGUCAAAAGAUCAAUUCGAAUCUUAUGCUUGGUUAUUACUAGUCUUCUUGACUAGUCUAAGGAAAAGAAUAUCACCUAUCUAA